UUAGUACUUGAACAUCUGAUUGCACUGACAUUAUCAGUCCUUAAUAAUGCCUGGAAAUCAUGGAUGCAAGAACAUAUAGAGGCCACUGGCAAGGCGCCACCAGGGAAUGUUGCAGGAAACUACACCUGGGUUGGUGCCCCCCAGAGGCCUCCAGACUUGCGGUUGACGCCUGGACGCCAUGUCCAGCUGACCGUUCCACUAGAACAGUUGAUAGACCGUUUGGUGAAGGAGAACAAAGUGGUAGCCUUCAUCAAAGGAUCAAGGAGUGCUCCCCAGUGCGGAUUCUCACAAAGGGUGGUGGGUAUCUUGGAAGCACAUGGAGCAGAUUUCGUAACUGUUGAUGUGCUUGAUGAGGAACACAACCAUGGGCUAAGAGAGACCCUGAAGACAUACAGCAACUGGCCGACAUUCCCUCAGAUUUUCAUUGGAGGGGAGCUUGUGGGAGGCUGCGACAUUAUUUCAUCCAUGGCUGAAAAAGGGGAGCUUGCUGCCCUAUUUCAGAAAUAGUGCUUACGUGCUGGAUGAUUAAGUUGCUUUUCAUCCAUUUUUACUCUUUUACUGAAGAAAAGCGUCAAGCUUGUUUUGUAUCCCCUACUGUCUGUACAACUGCAAUCAUACUUGGGUGCUUGUAAGAAAAGAAAAAUAAUAUUUGGCCUAAGAAAAUGGUCAUUUGGA